UUAAUCCGUUAAUCGCUUAUUGAUGCUAAAAGCGUUGUCUCUGUCCGUUGUCGGUGAUUCUGAACGUUGUAAUAACGACAGGCUAACAAUUUAAACGACAGGACAGACACUCCAACGUCUACAGGAGCACAAAAAAUGGCAGCUCACUGGCAUCCAGCCCGGAUAACUGGCUCGUCUCCAUAGUAAAAAGCAGCUCUGACACCGGGACGUUUGCCAAGGUUACAGCGAUGAGGAGGGGAGGAGGGGGGAGCUGACACAAAGAAACACGACAUGCAGAAUGUAUGAGAUGGCAGCGAGGAGAGAGACGGAGCUGUGCUGCCUGUGUGAGCAUUUUUUAGAUCUGUAACGUCACAGGGCAGCCGUACAUGAUCGGGCCGUGGGAUAGUGGAUUCCUCUGCUGCUGGAUUGCAUCAGGAGUCAGCUGACAGAGGGGGGAAAAGGAGGAAACGGUGUAAGGAGAGAGAUGAGGAGGAGGGAGGAGAGGAGGGUCCACGCGGCUCUUGAAGCAGCAGGAAGGGGGCUGGGCCUCUCUGACAAUGCUGCCUCUGGCCAAAGAACACUUUUGCAAUGCUAACUUUGACCUGCAGACUUUGUCCUCAGGGUGCAGCAGCGUGUACGAAACGUUCAGUGCCGGCUGCAUGGUGAGUUUGUCUUGAAGAGCUGACAUGCAGAAUGUACCGGAGGAGUGGAGGGAAGAGGGGACGGAAGUGGUGAAGAGGAGAGGGGAUCACAGGGAAGAUGGAGGGAAAGGAGGUGAAGAGGUGGAGAAGGAGUCCCUGAUGAUGGAGCUGACACGGCUGGUGCAGAAGACGGUGAAGGAGAGCAGCUGGUGGGAGAGGAGGGGCAUUGACUGCAGCAUCCUGGCAGCAGCUUUCCUCUGUCUGCCACCUGCCUUCCUGUUGCUCGGCUCCUCUCAGCUUCUGUGGUUUUCAGCCGGCAUGCUGCUGAUGGGCGUCGCUCAUGCCAUCAUCACCGUCAAAGGGACACAUCUGGCCAGCCACGGGGCACUUAGUGAGUCACAGGCCUGGGGCAAAUUCUGGGCCAUCUUUUUCAUCGAGAUCUGCGGCUCGUUCUCAGCUCGAGCCGGCGUUCAGGGUCACAUUAAGAUGCAUCACGCUCACACUAACGUCAUCGGACUUGGUGACUCCAGCGUGUGGAAGGUCCCAUUUCUGCCUCGUACUAUCUACCUGUUCAUCGCCCCCCUGGCUGUGCCCAUCAUCACUCCACUUGUUGCACUUGCUCAAAUGAGAGGACACUCUCUGCUCAUCAUCUGUAGGACCAUCCUGAUGGUUUUUCUGGGUCUGUAUUCUCAGUACUGGCUGCUGAUCAAUGUCUCCGGGUUCCAGUCGCCUAUCAGUGCUCUGCUGUGUAUGCUCGUCUGCAGAGCCAUGUUCUCUGUGCCGUACAUCCAUGUCAACAUUUUCCAGCACAUCGGCCUCCCCAUGUUCUCCCCCACCCGCCGACCGAAGAGGGUCUACCAGAUGACACAUGGGGUCCUGAACCUGCCGAGGAACUUUGUGCUGGACUGGAUUUUUGGACACUCGCUUAUCAACUGCCACGUGGAGCACCAUCUCUUCCCCUUCCUGUCUGAUAACAUGUGUCUGAAGGUGAAGCCUGUUGUGUCCAAGUACCUGGCAGAGAAGAAGCUUCCAUAUCAGGAGGAUGGUUACCUGUCCCGCCUUCACCUUUUCUUCAACAAAUAUCAGGAGCUGAUGGUGUUUGCCCCGUCCAUCACAGAGCUGGUGGGGGUGCAGUGACGGAGGAAAAUAUCGUCCUGACUAAUGACUGCUGCUGCUGCUGGAGAGCACAAACUUCUGCUUUAAAGUGCUUUUUUUAAAGACAUUACAAUCACACACAGUAUGAGAGUAGGUUUUAAAUCAGUAAGACAUCAACAUAUUUAAUGUAGUUUGAUAUUAGGGGAUAAUUUAUGUCCUUGCAGCUGAUUUCUGAACAAUAUGUGGACUGAAUUGAUCUUAUAUACUUAGGAGUGAUUAAUAUAAUAGCACAAAAACAAGCACUAGACCUAAAGUGGACUGUAUUUGGUGUUAUCACUGAUCUGGGGCCUGUCUCAUGAAGUUAACUAAAGCUGGGUACACAACACAAAACAAUUGUGCCGAUUUCAGGCUUGAUUCCCCAUCUGACCAAGUCAGCAAUGUCCAGAUUGUCUAAUGGUUCUACAGGUUAUGUGGCCAGGUUUUCCUGUGGUGUGAUGUGUGUUAAAAGAGAUUUUACCUUCUCUGACCUGCUCUGGACAUGGAUCUGACCUUCUCUGAUUUGAAUUUUAAAUAUUUUACAUCAAGGAUGCACUAAACGUCUGCUGAAAUCUGUUUAUUUGUUCAUCCUUAACGUGCAUCUAGAGGACUGAAGUUUUGAACAUAAUUUAGAUACCUGUAUUUCUAUCUAUCAGCUAAAAUUAAUUUCUAAAUAUCAGUAUAUCAGAUAUCUGCAAAAUCCAUUAUUGUACAUCCCUGUUAAACAUGUUCUAUAUUUAUGAUCAGAAAUCCCUUUGUGUAGGUGGAACAUUGAGGACAGCCAAGCACUCUGUGGAUUGUUACAUGGGACUGAAUGAUAGCCAAUCAGGAAGCGAGGUGACUGAAGGAGGAAGCGCAGCAAACACAGCCAUGGUGAGGAUAGUAAAUGUGAGUUAUAACGUUAGACAGACAUAAGAAAUGGAGGACCAGCUUGUUGAUUUGUGGCGACAACAGAGUUUUAAUAUAAAAAAAUACCACAAUCUAAGUGACAACAAGUUACCACAAUAAAUGUAGCAGGUAGCUAACAGCUAGCCACAUUCAGUUUGUGUUGGGUCUCUAAUAUUUUCAAAUUUAGUGAGGAUUAUUAAAGUCUUGUCUGUGCAGGCUGUUGUUUUUGCACCUCUAGUUUGUUCUGUAUUUACCAACAUCAAGAAAUUUAUGCUACUUUCACAUUUGAGGACCAUUAGAGCAGACUUGAGCUAAAGUCUGCUUUAGUUUGGUCAGUGUGAGAGCCAAGUGAAUGCCACGGUUGCUUCUUAUUGUUGGUGGGUUUGCAAACAGCCACAUGAAUUCUGUCACCCGCUGUGUUGGACUGUGAAUGUACACAAGCAGGCCAAGGCACAGGAAGAUGUUAAUAAUGUAAAAGCAAACCAGCAGGGAGGAGGGAGGGUGGAGCAAUCAUGCCAGGGUUGGGGGUGGAUGGCAGAGGAGAUUGACUACCCAUGAUGAAUUAAAAAGUGUUGGUGAACCCUAUUCUUCCUGCUCAUGGUAAAUAAUAUGGAAUUCUGCUCUAAAAGUCAGAUGUAGCUCUAAAAGAAGGCUUCUAAUCCCAUAAAGUACUAAAAAAAAUAAUCCCAGUAGUGAUAAAUACAAAUUCAACAGUAUCUGUUUUGCUUCAAACAAUAAAAAUGACUUUAAAAAGGCUCUUAAUGGGCACCGAACAUCACUAAUCAUACUCUGAGACAGGCCCCUCAUUUCCAUUGUGACAGAAUAUAGAGCUCUGGUUGUAAUGCAAAAGAUAAUUUAUCAAUAAAGACACACGUGGACUGCACUGUAGUAACAUUAUGUCAUAGAGAAGUGGUUCUCAACUGGUGUGGAGUCAGGACCCACCAGCUAUUUAUCGACCAAUCACGACCCAAAUUUCUGACAAGUUUCAACCGUAACCAGGUGUUUUUAAUGAUCAGAUUAGACUUGGAAUAAUAACGUGACAAAACAAAGAUACAGAAAUCAUCAAAAUAAAAGCAUAUCAUGGACUUUCCACUACAAUGUUUUUGCUGGUAAACAUCUGCAGCUCACUUCAGACCCACCAGUUGAGAACCAAGACAUAGAGGAG